GUUUGUUACCGGCUGGUGUUCAUUGUGGUGGUGCACUCAACAGAAAACACUCGGGAUGAGUACAGAAUAGUCCCUCGCUCCUUCUUGAAGAGAUGUUUCAUGAGAUUGUUGGAGGGGCGACAUGUUGCAGAGGUAGAUCAUCUUCAACUUUGGACUUUUAUCUUUUUGCAUCAGGACGAGUGGAGUUAAAUGAGCAAUGAUGAAGAUGAUGUUCCAGGCCUCUUGGAAAGGUCUGCAGGUGUGUUUAAUCCUCCUGAUGGCUGCAGGACUACACGGCCGGGUGACAGCACCGGAGCAUCUGGAAGCUCCCGUGGAGAAGCCCUUCACCCUGACUUGCUCUGUCUCGAGGGCUCAAGGCGAGUCUCUGAGGCAGGUGCGGUGGCUUGACGUCCAGAACCAGACCCUGCUGAGCUACCAACCUGGCCUCAAAGACAGUGUGAGUGGACAGCAGCAUGUGGAGCUCGCCUCCUCGCCAAAAGACACCUCGGCUAUCACCAUCCGCAGGGUGGGCUUCCGUGAUGAGGGCUGCUAUACUUGCAUUUUUGACAUGCAUCCUUCUGGUGCAAAGCAAGGAACAACCUGCCUCACUGUUACCUCACAAAUCACCGCCGAAAGCAACAAGACAGCCGUCAGCGGCAAGAAGGCCUCCCUCUCAUGCUCAUAUGGUUUGCCUGAAAAGGUGCAGCAGGUCACGUGGCGACACACCCCUGCACAGGGAGACCCUGCAGAGGUGGCCUCCUUUGCAAAGCGCAGUGACCCCAUGAUAGAGCCCCCGUACCAGGGGAGAGUCUGGCUGAGUUCCUCUCUGUCCGACAGUCAGCUCAUCAUCCAACCUGUCUCCAUCCAGGACGAGGGCUGCUACACCUGCAUGUACAGCACACAUCUUAACGGGCUGAUGAGCUCCACGGUGUGCCUCGCCACCUAUGUGCUGCCCAAACCUCAGGUGAGCUACAAGACCACCACUCCAGGUGUGAUCGAAGCCAACUGCACGUCGGUGUCGCGCCCCCCGGUAGAGAUCGUGUGGAACGUGGAGAGAGACAACCGCACCAUGGGCCCCCCUGUGACCACGCAGCUCCCACAGGGGGACGGGACCACUCUGGUCAUCAGUACGCUGACGGUCCAAUCAGGCCUGCUGAAAGACGUGUCAGUCAAAUGCUUGGUGCACCACAAAGGGCUCGAGUCACCGAUUGCUGUAUCUAUGAACACAAAAAUUGGGACGGCUCUCACCAUCCUGAUCUCAGUCACUACAGUGGCAGCCCUGCUGGUCAUGUCUCUCUGCUUCUGCCUCUGGAAGUGUUUCCUACGCAAAGAAGCUGAAUAAUCUUUCAGAUGAGAGAAAGAGACUGAAAGAAGAGGCAGAGCUUCUCACAGCCAACACGAGAGUUUCUCUGCAUCAUCAUCUUCAUCAUCAUCAUCAGAUACAAAGGGAAGAUGUGCUGACACAGUCUCUAUAGGAUGUCAUAUACAAUCCUGUUUAUGAGCAACAACUGUACAAUGACAUUCAUCUCUGCGCUCCUUAAUCUGAAUCUUUACAUAAUCUCCAGGCUGUCCUCACAUGAAGUCAACGAGGAGUUGCUGAAUGGAUGUGUGUUUUUUUCUCUCUCUGGCUUUUUGUAAUUGAUUGAGUUGUUGGUCACACAUUCCUCAACAUGCAGCAGAUUCACUGUAUGCCAAAUGAAAUUAGAGUGAUUUUCGCUGUUGCAGCAUAUUGCACAUCUUACAAAAUAUGUUGUCCUGUUAGUCUAUAUAGCAGCCUUUUAUUCUACCUGUGAAUUGUUGUACAAACUUUGUAAAACUACAUUAACAAGCCACAUGCAGCGCUGACAUGAACAUAGGCAAUGUACUCAAACCAGUACACACCAAUGUGCUCAAGUAUAGAGCACCAAACUUCUGCAGUUGAAUAUAGUCCCCAGCGUAUUUACCCUUGUUUGACUAACAUUUGCUGAAGAAAAACUGCAGUGUCCAAAUGUUUUAAAUUAUUAUUGAGUCAUUAUUUUUUCUCAAUAUUCUUGAAUUGUGACCUCUUUACACAGAUUAGUUCCAGAGCGGAAGGACCAAUGCUUUUGUUCUUGUUUUUAUUGACAAUUGGAAAAAAUGUAAUAUUGCAAACUUUUAUCGAGUACAUAAUCCAGUUUAUAGGCACAAUUAGCUUGCCGCGACCGCUUUUAUUUUUUGUACCUCAGUUGAAGGCCUCCAUCACUGCUGUGAGUUGUUAAGAGCUCGCUGAACUCGGCCAUGUUCAACUGAGAGGGCUGCAUACUUACACCUUGUUUGUGUAAUACCUACUGCAGAUUUUUCUACAUGCUUCUAGGUCUGUUUGUGUAUGUUGUGUGAGCGAGAGAGAGAGAGAGAGAGAGAGUGUGUGUGUGUGUGUGUGUGUGUGUGUGUGUGUGUGUGUGUGUGUGUGUGUGUGUGUGUGUGGCAUAUUUUUCAAGGUUAAAUUCCACAGUCAUAGCGUGAAUCAAUUCCCUGAGGUAGCCAUGUUGAAACCUUUUUGGUGCCCCUGAAAGGAAUGCGUGUCUGAGUUGAUGUGGGAGAAGAAAUAACAUUUUAAUUCCCGGAAGACACCAACAUGUCAUUAAAGGAGAUUCUUCUUCUUGUUUUUUUUUUUUUGUUUAAAUCCUUUGCUUUGGUAAAUGACUCUGGAUCAAAGCGGCACUUAAAGGCCUAAAAAUGUGACCUUGUGAUGCUUUGGGUAAAUGUUUUGCUGUGUACAAAAACAUUUAAUCUUUAAUUUAAAAAAAAAAAAGCAUGAUAAUUGGAAUCAUGUGUUAUCUGAUAGCCCUCAAAUAAACAUGUGAUGGCCAUCAGAUUUCAAUAUCAGUGCUCAAACAGGAACAUCACACUUCUUAAGAUUUCAAAGACUCUAGACAGCUUUUUCUCUGUCUGCAUAUUUUCACUUUAUAUGUAUAAACCACCCAGUAUGAGCUCAGAGCAGCAGAUAUUUCAGAGCAGAAAUAUAGCUUCAGAACAUGUUUUCAAUAAAUGGAAAUGGAAAACACAUUAACCAGUUCUUCGCAGAAUAACUCCAGUCACAAAAUUUGAAUCAAUGCAUCCUGAGCAAAUGUGCAAAGUGGAACAAAUAUAUGUAUGCAUCAAACUGAACAAAUAAAAGUGUUAAAUCUG